UAAAUAUAAAGUAUAAUAGUUGUAUUAUAAAGAAGAACUAGAGUGGGCACACCCACAUCCACACCCUUAAUACACCCAUAGACACACACACACACACUCUUUGUGUGUCUGGAGUGAAGGUGCUUGAUCUGUUGAUUAUAGUCAUGAAUAUGAUGACAGAUGUUUUUCCAUGUGGAAUUUGCAGUUCAACAACUUCUAAAACAUCACAAUCACUUUCUAAUAAUGAAUCAUCAUCAUCUUCUUCUUCCUCUAAUGGUGGGAGUAAUAAUACUCUUAGAAACUUAUCAAAGAUGGUUCUUCCACCCUUGGGUGUUGCUGCUUAUAACCAUAAUGAUUUUAAUAAUUCUAAAUCUUGGAUCAUCUCUCCCAUUCAUUCCAACUACAGAUGUUGGGAGACGUUGAUGGUGGCAUUAGUAGCGUACACUGCAUGGGUUUACCCUUUUGAAGUGGCAUUCAUGAAAUCGACAUCGGCACCAAAACGACAACUCUUUAUUGCGGAUAACAUUGUCAAUGUAUUCUUCGCUCUUGAUAUUGUCUUAACCUUUUUUGUUGCCUACUUUGAUUCAAGAACUCAAUUACUUUUGUAUGAUUCCAAAAAGAUUGCCCUCAGGUAUUUGUCAACAUGGUUUAUAAUGGACGUGGCAUCGACAAUACCAUAUGAAGCAUUAGCUUUGUUGUUUACGGGCAAAUACAAAGUGAGUCUUUCAUAUUCUCUUUUAGGAUUAUUUCGGUUUUGGCGACUUAGACGAGUCAAACAAUUCUUCACCAGGCUUGAGAAAGAUAUCAGAUUCAGCUACUUUUGGGUUCGAUGCACUAGGCUUUUGUUUGUGACGUUAUUUCUAGUGCAUUGUGCGGGAUGUCUAUAUUACUUGCUAGCAGACAGAUAUCCACACGAAGGCAAGACAUGGAUCGGAUCCAUGAAUCCAAAUUUCAGGGAAACAAGCCUUUGGGUUCGUUAUAUUUCUGCCAUUUACUGGUCCAUUACCACUAUGACCACCGUUGGUUACGGAGAUUUACAUGCUGUUAACACUAUUGAGAUGAUCUUUAUCAUCUUUUAUAUGCUCUUUAACUUAAGCCUCACUGCCUAUCUUAUUGGUAAUAUGACCAAUUUAGUUGUCGAAGGCACUCGUCGAACCAUGGAAUUCAGAAGUAGCAUUGAAGCAGCAUCAAGCUUUGUGAGUAGGAAUAGGCUACCAACAAGGUUGAAAGACCAAAUUCUUGGGUAUAUGUGCUUGAGAUUUAAGGCUGAAAAUUUGAACCAAUUUCAACUCAUCGAGCAACUACCUAACUCCAUUUAUAAGAGCAUUUGUCAACAUUUGUUUCUUCCUACGAUUGAGAAAGUUUAUUUGUUUCGUGGCCUCUCUACAAAGACCCUCCUACUCUUUGUAGCAAGUACAAAGGCAGAAUACUUACCUCCAAGAGAAGACAUCAUAAUGCAGAAAGAAGCAGCAGAAGACAUAUACAUAAUAGUAUCAGGAGAAGUUGAAAUGAUUGAUUAUGAAAAUGAGAAAGAGAUUGUGGUUGGGACUCUAUUUGCUGGUGACAUUUUUGGAGAGGUUGCUGCAUUAUGUUGUACACCUCAAAGCUUCACUUUUCGUACUAAAACACUUACUCAACUUCUCAGAAUUAAAACAACUAAUCUUAUUCAAGCUAUCAAAAUCCGGCAGGAAGAUAACAUUCUCAUGCUCAAUAAUUUUCUUCAGCAUCACAGAAAGCUAAAUGUCCUCAGUGUGGGAGAUUGGCUGAUUGAAAAUACAGAUAUAGAUAGUGAAUUAUUUAAAGCAUUAAAUUUAUUGAACGUUGCAGCAGCUGGUAAUAGCUUAUUUCUUGACAAGCUCCUUCAAGCAAACUUAGAUCCAAAUCUCUGUGAUUCUAAAAGAAGAACCCCUUUGCAUGAAGCUGCUUCACGAGGACAUGAAGAAUGUGUGUUGGUGCUUCUUAAUCAUGGAUGCAAUGUACUUCUAAAAGAUAUGCAUGGCAACACUGCUUUAUGGGAUGCUAUAGCAGCAAAGCAUUACAAGAUAUUCCAAAUUCUAUUGAAUUAUGCUACAAUUUCAGAUCCUAACAUAGAGGGAGAUCUUCUUACUACAGCUACUGAACGAAAUGAUAUACAAAUCGUUAAGGAUUUAUUAAAUUACGGAUUAAACGUAAAUUCUACUAAUCAUGAUGGAUUAACAGCUCUCCAAGUUGCAUUAGCAACAAAUCAAGUUGAAGUAGCAAAGGUUUUAAUAUCAUAUGGUGCAAAAUCAAAUGACCAAAAUGGCCAUAUUAUUUCCAACAUUUUGAGUGAAGGUGAUCACAAGAAUCAUGGAAAUGAGCUCAAAGGGUGUAAUAGGAAAAGCAUAAAAAGUUGUGAGCUAUUUUGUGAUGCAAGGGUAAACUUAUAUAAGGGGCAUCCAUUUUUAAGUAACACAUUUGAUAAGCAUGCAACAGGAAGACUUAUAAAAUUGCCUAGCUCAUUUGUGGAUCUCAAAACAAUUGCAGGCCAAAAGUUUCAAAUGAAUGGAGCACAAUUAACAAUUGUAAACGAAGAAGGGGCAGAGAUUGAUUGCAUUGAAGUAAUUCGAGAUAAUGAUAAAUUAUAUAUACUAGAAAAUAAUGUUUUAUAAUUAAGAUUACGUUUUCAAAGAUACUAGUAUAAUUUAUCCGCUAUUUUUUUUUGAACUGUAAUUUUGUGCGGAAAUACUGAAUUAAUAACUAAGACUGUAUUUCAGUGAAAGACAUCGGCAAAAUGGAAACAAAACAUAAGUUUUCAUGA